UUGAUUACUGACUGGCUGAGAAAAGGCAAUUGUAAAAUAAUUUUAUAUUGUAAUAAAUUAAUUAAUUGUGAAAAUAAUAGUGUUGUAAAUAAUUCCAAAAGCUUGUUAAAAAUUUGAAAAAAUAUAUAUAAAACUACUUACGAAGUGGUUUGAAAAUUAAGCUUUAAUAUAAAAUAUACAUUUUAAUGCUAAUGUAUAGUAGCUCCACGUUUUAAGUUAAUUGAAGCAGUUACGAAAGUAUAAAAAAAAUUCCAUAGUACAAGAAACAAGAAACAAAUAUGGAUAGAAAUAAUGAUAAUAUAAAUAUCAAUGUACCCAGAUCUAGUAAGAAAAUUACUGCUAUUAAACCAGUCAUAAAAUUGGAAACCAAUCCUGAUAUUCUUAAAAACUUAAAGGAAGUUUUCAGUUCUCAAAAAAUAAAAGAACAAAUAAAAAAUGCUGUAAACAAACUGCAAGCUGAUGAUGCUCUACCAUCCACAAAACGAAUGAAUAUUAUUUACCCUGACGUUAGGAAAGAUAAGCCAAAACUGCUCCCGAAUUUAGUUAAAGAAACAUUGAGAACAUCAAUUUUGCACAAAAACAAUUCAAAAAGUGAUAAUAAAACUUUCACUAAAACCUCAAAAAGCGCAGUUGAAACUUGUAUCACUAAAUUAGAAGAUUUUCCAAAUAAAAAUCAGCCGGAAAAAUUAAAUUUUAGCAGAAAAAAAAUAGAUGAACAUAAAUUACAAAAUUCUAAAAUACUAAAUAAAAAAUAUUCCGAUAAGGUGCCGUCAAAGAAUUUUACCAGCAACGCAGAUAAAGUCGAUUUAAACUCAGGAAAUAAGAACAAUUACGUUUUGAAUUUGGACUCAGUUAGCGCAGGACAGAAUGUGGAUUAUUCAAUUAAUUUCAAUUUUGAAAGCCCAAAAGAUAUCAACAAGUCUCCUUAUUUGGGAAAUGAAAUUUUACUUAAUAAUCUUUUUCAAAGUACUAGCGAACAACUUUUAAAAGCUCCCCGUAAGGAAAAAAUUAAAACGGACGAUUUCAAACGUUGUUUAGAAUAUGGUACUGAAACUGAACAGGAAUCUAAGCAGUUGGGAAUUAAUCCAGAUUAUAAAAAUAAAUUUGAUCAAAUAAAGUGUAGGAAUAAAAUCAUCAAUCUCAAUUUUAAAGAUUAUAAUAGCAAAAAAAAUAAAAACAACAAAAAAUAUUCAACAAAUGAAGAAACUAACACAAGUAAUUUAAAUUUAGAAAAAAGUAAUUAUGGCUCGCAGAAAAUGCAAAAUCCAUUUAAUUACACACCAGAUAUAUAUGCAUUGAAAAGUUCAAAAGGUAUGCAUUACGGAAUACCUGAAAUUAAAAUUCAAAAAGCUUCAAUAAAUAUUCAAGGAGAAGAAGUCGAUAAUUAUAGGGCACACAUCUUAAAUAAAAAGCAUUUAAAGAAUGAUACGAAGAAAUCGGAAUAUACAAAAAAAGAAAAUUCAAUUGAAGAAAAAACAACAAUAGCUCACAAUUUUAUCAAAACACAAUUAGAAAAGAACUCGAUAUUUAAAUCACCAGAAAAUCCACCAAAGCAAAAAUUGGAUGAUUUAAGUUUCCAGGAAAUAUUUUUGAUAAGUGAAAUUGAAGAGCAAAGAAAUCCUAAUGACUCAUUCAUAAAAAGUGAGGAAAAUUUUGAUGUCAAUCUGCAGGACAUAACGAAUGAUAAUGACCAAAAUAUUGUUUGUCUACCCUAUAUUGAUGCCUCACCAGAACGCUGUAGCUCAAGCAGUUAUUCGCCAAAAUUAAUUCAAGAUUUAGAUUCAAAUAAAAUUUUUCAAAAGAAGUCAAUUGGGUAUUCGCCUAAAUCAGUUCAAAAUAUUGAUACAAAUUCUAUUUGGAAACAAAAUUUUACAAAUAGCGAAAAAAUUCAUAAUACAAAUGAUUUAGAUUCACCGAUUAAAUACCAUUUAGAUACUUCGGAUACAGUGAUGACAUUUAACCAAGAAACUUCAGUAGAUGCUGUUGACUUCUUGUGCAAUCUCCAAAAUGAUUUUAUCAAAAAUGAAGAUGAUGAUGUCUCAGAUACAAGUUCUACUAUUGACGAAGUAGAAAUAUUGAAACCUGAGGACUUUUUACAGAAUAUUUCACAAUCUUUUACGCAAAUAAAAGAAAAAAGUGGAACCAUUCCAGAAUUUCCUUCUACGGGUUCAUGCGAAAAACAUUUUGAAGAGGAAACUGUUUCACCAAGAUUAGCUCCUAUUGUUAUUGAAAACAAAAUUUUGGCUGAAAGUGAAAAAGUCAAUUUAGAUCUUUGCUUAGGAAAUGUUGUUCAAAUAGAUGAAAUUGUAAACAAUUGUAGUUCUGUGACAACCAUAUUUGAUGGCAAUCAUAAUGAUAAUCAUUUAGAAACUUUAACACAAGAGUCUCAUUCUGAGGAACAAUCUGACGUAAAUAAUGACAUCGAAAUGAAAAACUCUGAAUCAAACUGCAUUGUAACAGAAUUGAGCGAAUUUAAAGAAUUGGAAUAUGCAGAUAUCUUGGAACAUCCAUCUGACGAGGAAUAUUUAAAUAAACGCAACCUCAUAAGAGUAGAACACGAAAAAGUUUUAGAAAAUAGUGAAAUUCCUUCGAAAAUAACCGAAAAAAAUAAUUGUGAACAUAACAACAAUGCAACUCAAUCAAAUCGCAACCCAAUUACUGGUAAAACAAACAACAUUUCAGAUAACAUAGCUCUAAUGCAUGAUAUUUCUCUUUCGAAAGAAAUCAAAGAAAAUAGUUGUAAUAUUACUGGUUCUGCAGAUGAUAAAAUCAAUGCAAUUCAAUCAAAUUGCAACCCAAUAACUGGCAAAACAAAUAAUAUUUCUGAUAACAUAGCUCUAAUGCACGAUAUUUCUCUUUCGAAGGAAAUCAAAGAAAAUAGUAGUGAUAUUACUGCUUGUGCAAAUGAUAAGAUUAAUGCAACUCAAUCAAGUUGCAAUUCAAUAACUGGUAAAACAAAUAACAUUUCAGAUAACAUAGCUCUAAUGCAAGAUGAAGUUCCUUAUUUUGAAGAAGAAAUUAUUACUACCACACAAACGGCAACGAAUUCAAAUAACUUGAAUUGCGAUGCUAAAGAAAAAUCAAUGAAACCAAAAGCUAUUCCCAUUAGUAGCAGGAGGCCCCGCUUGCGUGGUAGUAAAAUAAAUUUAGUUGAAAGAAAGAAAACUCCUGCAGUAAAAAAUGAAAAUUCUAAUUUAUCAAAAAGACCAGAAAAUAUUGAAAAUCCAGCAAUUAGUCCUCAUCACACAAAAAAAAUUAAACUAACUAAUGAAGCAAACAAUUUUAAUAAGUCAAAAGUUGAAAAAUUGCAUGAAGGGAGUGAUAAUGAUCCCACUGACAAUACUGAACAUGAUACUAAAAUAUCUUCUGACAAAAACAAAAAUGAUAUUGGGCAAAAUAUUUACAAUAACCAACACCAUGAAAACAGUUCUACGUUUUCAAAAGACGCAUGUAUAGCAGAAACAAAUUCAUCUAUUUGCGAAGCAGAAAUUUUCAGUUCUGAAACUGUCAACUCAAAUCCAACAAAAAGUGAAAGCUUCGUUACUACUAGUGAACAAAAAUCGUGCGACGCAGAAAUGUUUAAAGGAGACGAUUCAAAUGAGAGCAACAUAAGCACUUCUGUUUUUAAUGGAUUUGAUUUAAGUUUGGUAAAACAGGAAGACUACUUGAUUUCCCAGCUCUAUAAUAGUGCAAUCGAUCAAAUAGCCAACAAAUUGAUUGAGUCCGAGCCUAGUAAGUAUUCCAUAAUGGAAAGCACAGCUUGUUCUGCAGUCAAAAGGGAAAUUGGAAAUGCUGAGAGUAUAACAAGCGCCAUUUUUUCAGAAUUACCUUCAAAAUUUUCUGAAAAUUUAAAUCACAAAAUUAAUACAGGCUCAGAUAGUGAACAAAACAUUUGUUUUAAAAAUUUUUUACAAAAUUCUCGCAAUAUGGCUAUUGAACAAGAAACAAAUAAUGAAACUAUUACAUUUGGAUCCACUAUAAAACCUGAAUUAAUUAAUCCACCUGAACGUAAAAGGAAAAUUUCAAAAAUAUUACAAAAUUCAAAAAGAAAAUUUGAAAAAGCGUUAACUUCAGAUACGGAUAGUCCAGACGAAAAUGACUGCGUUCCUUUAAAAAAACGACCAAUACGUAUAGGAAAUAUGUUUUCAAAUAGUUCAGCUUCUGAAACUGAACAAUCAAAAAAAGAAAAUAGAAUAAGAAUUUUAGAUAAACGAAAUUAUUUUUCAUCUAGGAAAGAUAGUGAAAAUUCGACAACUAGUGAUCAUCAACAUUCUAUAUCAGAUUUUUCUAAUAUUCAAAAUGAAUUUGAAAAUAACAACACUUUAAAAACAGGUGAAAGAAAUGCAUUAUUAAAAGGAAAUGAUAAGAAAUGUGAAGAAACAAGUCAGAUUUCCGAAAGUCUAGAAAAUAAAAAAGCGAAAAAUGUUUCAGAAACGAGUGGACUAUGCGAAAUACAUUCCAAUACAAAUAAAAUUGAAGAAACCAGCACAAAAACUGAAGUAACAAUAAAUACUUCAAUAAAAGAAAAAAAAAUUAAUAAUUUCGAAACUUUCGAAUUGAAUGCAUUAGAGAAUAUAAAUACUUCUCAUAGUAAUUUAAUGCAUAAUGGCAUUCCUAAAAAAUUUAUUGAAGAAAAAUUAAAACAUUUGGAUAAUACUGGGAUUGAUUCGUUAAAAAAGAAGAAAAAUAGAAAAAUGAAUGUGUCUAAUGAUAACGUUCAGAUUAAGCAGCAUGAUCAAUAUAAAGAAUUAAGUAUAAGCGGUACGUUUAAAAAGAAAAAAAAUGAAAAAUUGGAUGACUGUAAUGCUAACGAUAGUAUUCUGAUUCAACAAGAUGUUCAAAAUAAAACAUUACAAGUUAAUGAUACGAUAAAAAAAAAGAAAAAUAAAAAAGUUGAUAAAUCAAACGCUAAUAGCCAGGUUAUACAAGAUGAGAUAAAGAAAGAAUUAAAUCUUAAUAAUACAUUAGGCAAUAAGAAAAUCGAUAAAAAAACAACAGGAGAAUCUAACACUGAAAAGAAAAAACGAAGCCGAAAAAAAGAACAAACAGAAGUAAAUAUAUCUGAACCGUUUUCACACCUGCAGAAAGUUGGUGCAUUUGAAAAAUUUUACAAUCAGUUAAUACCUGUUACUCCAGCUCGUCGUAAAGCCCAAGUGGCAGAAAAUAGUAGUUUAUUAAGAAAAUUGCAUCCUAAUUUAUUAUUAAUUGAUAAGCGCUGUGAUAUAGAUAAUUUUAAAAUUAAGAAUAUAGCUGAAGAUACAAAACUUGAAAACGAAGUUAUUUGUGGACUCUGCAAUGAAACAGUAUUAAAAAAAGCUUCAGCAUGGUCGGAUCACUUGCAAUCACAUUAUGGUGUUGGUUGGAUUGUCGGUGAAGAAAGCAUUGAUGUUACACAGUAUAACACUGUUUUAAAUUUUAUGAUAAAUUUUAUGAGGGUCACUAAUAUCAAAUCAUUUAAAUGUCGAAUGUGCCAAACUGAAUUCAAAUCUGCAUUAGGAGUUCUAUCGCACAUUGUAUCAUGUGGUCUUGAAAAAGAAGAAAGGUUUAGUAAAACGCAUUUGGCUUGCGAGAUCUGUAAAAAACACAUUCACUAUGUGACCUUUAAUUCCCACGUAAAAAAUUGUUUAUUGAAACAAAAUGAGCCAACAAAAGAUGAAGCAAAAAUUUCAGAAAAUACUGAGGUUCUUAGUAAUACAGGAAGAUUUAAAAGAAAAUCCACAGUUAAAGCAGAAAAUAAAUUAAAAGCAAUCGAAAAUGACAUAAAGUUUGAUGCUUCCAACUAUAUAAAAACAGUUCAUGCUACACGCGGCGGAAUUCACCGAUCUUGGAAAAGAAAACUAGAUGCUGGCAUGACAGUGAAAUGUUGUGCCGAAAAUUGCGAAGAAAAUUUUAGUGAUUUAAUUUCAUUAAAAGCACAUAUAAAAGAUUGUAACAAAAUUUUGAGAAUAGCUUUUAAGUGCUCGCUCUGUAAAUUUACUGAUACUAAUGCAGAAAUAGUGAAAACACAUGUUCACAAAGAGCAUGAAAAAAGUUUAAAAAAUUUGAAAGACUUGAACAGUGAUUCUGAAAUCGAAUUUUCCAAAAAAGAUUUGUCGCAAUCAUCUGAAGAAUGUUCGUCUGGUGUUGAUGAAAAUGAAGUUUCUACUGAAGAAGAGAAAAGCAACAUUUCUGACGAAGAAUGCAACAGGAAGAAGAAACCAAAAAAGUCAAAUGAGCAUUAUGUCAAACGUCUCCAAAUAUUUCCAAGCACUAGCAGAGCAAGAAGUUUGUUACCAUCUGAUCGAUAUCCUUUUAGAGAGAUAUCAAACAAAGUUCGAGAUUCGAGCAAAUUUUUUUUCAAACAUAAUUAUACUUCAGAUGUUUUAUUCCCAAAUUUUCUACCAAUUUGCAUUUCUACUGAUAAUAUCAUAUCUAAGGAAUACCAGCCGGUCAAUAAUGUAUCAAUGAAAUUUUCUUUUUCAAAAAUGCAAAUGAACAAACGUUUUGGUAGUUCUAAAUGUUCUGAACUUCUAGAACUAGAAUCCUUCAAAUGGAUAAAAAAUAGAGACGAAAUUUUAUUGUACAUCGGUGGUCCUAUAACCGCAUUAGAAUGGGUGCCUUUACCAGAUUCAGUUUCACAAAAGUCACAAUACUUAGCUAUAAGUUUUAAAUCUAAUUAUAAUAAGUACACUAGGGUCAUAAACCAAAAAUCUCAUAAAACUUUAAUACUCAUCUUUAAAUUAGAAAUAUUUGAAAAAAGUUUUGGUGAAGUUUUUGCUUCACAAUCUGAUUCACCUAACUUCUCAUUUGAAUAUGGUAUAACUCUUGAUGACGGUCCAGUGCAUGAUAUGAAAUUUUUACCUAGUGGUGGAUAUAAUCUUGACAUAAACCGCUUAGGUUUAUUAGCGGUGGCAAGUGCUAAAAAUGAUGCUGUAAUAUAUUCUUUACCAAUAGAAGUACCACAAAAUUUAUAUUGCACAUUAAAUGAUAAUAUUAAACUAAUAUUUUUGGAACCAGUAAUAAAACUGACAAUGAACUUCAAUUUUGAUGAAUAUGACGAAAUAUUACAAAAAAAAAAUCACUACUUUGUGCAAUGUUGCAAAAUUGCAUGGUCAAAGGCCAAAGGGCAUAACAUUCUUGCGACUGGCUAUGCUAAUGGUUGUGUAGCUUUAUUUGAUAUCAAUCCAGAAGACAAUUUAAAUUGCUCUCAAAGUGAAACAGAAAAUCAAAUGUUACAAUUUUCGCCUAUUAGCUUCCUUAGAGUCAGUGAAAAACAUAUAACAUGUUUAGAUUUUCAUUACGAUUUCAAAGAAGCACGAUGGUUAUCAGCCGGAUCAUAUAGCAGAAUCCUGAAAAUAUUGGACAUUGAAAAUCCAUCAAAUCCAACUGUUGUUUUUGAAGACAUUUCAAAAAGUUUUUUAACAUCAUUUACUUGGCCAAUUGUUUGGGAAAAUAUUGUUUUUGCUUCCAGCAGUGAUUUAUGUAUAGCUGGACCAAUAGCAAUGAGUCCAAUGCAAUUACUUUUUACACGCAAAAGAUUUGCUUAUAUUCCCAGUGGUAUUACAUGUCUGGAUUAUAAUCCAUGGAAUAAUAUUUGCGUAAUUGGAGCUGAAAAUGGAGAUUUUACAAUGGAAUUCAGAACUGAGUAUAAUUUAGAUUGCACAUUAAAACGAUAUGUGCAUGCGAAAAUAGUAACAUAUACUGAUUUAAUCAGACUCGACGGUAAUAAUCAUCUAACAACUGGGGAGUUAUCUAAAAAUAAUAAAAAGGGAAAUAAAAUAAAGAACGAUGACCCAAAAUUGCCUACUUCAAAUGAAGAAAACGUAGAACCUCUGAAGUUUUUUGACAAAGAUUACAAAAUUAAAUAUGGUUUGGUCUUUGGCCCUUUAAAUUUUAGUAAGAAGCAAGAUAAAAUUUAUAAUACAGAAGAACGAAAUCCUCUAAUCAACCUCGAUUACUACGUUCGCAUAAACUCAGUAGCAUGUAAUUCAAAUUUCCAUGGUUCAAAUUUUUAUACUUUCGGCUAUGAAAAUGGUUUUAUUAGAAUAUUAUAUAAGAAAUUACCAAAUCUCUAAAAUUAGGUUUUAUGAUAUAGAAAGUUUUGAAAUUGAAAAUUUGUAUAUUUCACUAAAAUACAAUAUUAGUUUGAAGAUUAAUUUAUAUAAGUUUGUUAUUUAUUAUAAUAGAUAC